UCAGUUUGUGUGUGUGUGGGGGUGUUGAGUGUAUGUGUGAUAGCGAGAGAGGGACACAGAGAGAGAGAGAGAGAGGGAGGGAGAGGGAGAGAUUCCCUCCCCUGGUUCCAGUUCUUCUCCAGCUUGACUUCCAGCUGCUGUCACAUUCCUCUACACGUCGCAAUUGGCUGAGGUUUUCUCUUUUUAUUUAUUUUUUUAAUUUACUAUUGUGGCUGUGUAUAUGCAUGAUCUAGGAUGGAAAGUCUUCCACAAGUUGCCCACGCUGUAAAGGGGAUGUUUGCGCUGUCAAGGAAAGGACUAUAAUCGCAGCAGACCACUUCUGGGAGCUCGGGGGAAAUCUGUGAGGUUAAAUCUGGAUCAUCGAGAACCUGGAUUCGGUUCUGCAUGAUGACAGAAGUGGCUCGUCCGGCUGUAAUCAUGGACUCUGAGAUGAUGUCACAACCAGAGUCAGAUCAGAUUCCUCCAGUGGAUCACAAGUCUGCACCUCUGGAUCUGAUUGACACAGGGAAGGGUCUCAAGGUCCAAACAGCCAGCCCUCAUCUGGUUAGCUUGGGCAGUGGGAGACUAAGUGUGGCCAUUACCUUGCUGCCCCUCAAAGAAGGUGUAACCCGCAUAGGGCGAGAAGAUGCCCCAAUUCCUCAAGAUAUCACCAUCCAGGGUCCUGGAAUCGAGGCGGAACACUGUCUCAUCGUCAAUGAAGGUGGGGUAGUUACGCUGGACCCCUGUGGUCACCUCUGCAGUCUAGAUGGGGUACAGGUCACGGUGCCCACACCACUCACACAGGGUUAUUCCCUGUGUCUCGGUAAGUCCUACUUCUUCCGCUUCAACCAUCCCGAGGAGGCAAAUAGAAUGAAGAGCAUGCUUCCUCAAAAGAGCCCCGUGUCCGCCCUAGCCUACAAUACAGACUACCUGAAGUUCAGCAGCGAUUACAGCCACGCUGUGGUGGGCGGGACCAGCAGCACGCGGGGCAUGCGCUCGGCCUCAGAGCUCCGUGAUUUGAUGGACACCCUACAGCGCAAGAAAAAGGCUCUGGAAAACAGCCUGAGAGCCAAUGGGAACAGCAACCCGUCCUACUUCAGCGUGACUCAGUCCCCGCCCACCACCCCCGUCACAUCACUUUCCUCAUCAACCUACCAGGAACAGGCAAGACGUUUCUACGGUGGAGAUCGGCCCCCCGCGUCGAUGAAAUCGCCCACCCCGCCGUGCCCAUCUCGUCGUUCGGACCAUUCCUCCCUGCUCUCGCGUGCCCCCAUCGGUCGCAACCAGGACAACCCGGGCACCGGCGAGAGCCGACGUCUCCACAACACAAGCACUUCUUCUUCAUUGUCAACGUGGAACGGCAGGGGCUCAUCCACGUCUAUAUCCGGUGGCGAUAGCGUACUCCUUUCUCUUCCUCCUUCCUCAUCCCGCUCUCCGUCAAACGGAGGCGCCGUGAGCAUGCCUUCGAGCCCCCGUCAGGGGCGACGUAGCUACGGCAACCAAGAAGCCGCGCCGAGCAGUCGAACGAGGAAAUAUUCUGCCGGUUCUCUGAACGGUAUGGCAGGAAUCGGGCACAGCCGCUCGCUGCCUCGCCUCUGCCCCUCCCCAUCUCCCAGAGAUAACAAUAACGCCGUUCGGACAUUAUCCACCGCGCAGCCGCAACGCUCAGAGACGCACAAACUUAGCAAAGAGCAUUACAACAACAACAACAAUAGCAGUCUCGACCUCAUCCACAACUCGAGGAACGCUAAUCAGCAGCUCUCAAAUAGGAAUCAAGUCCACAGCACAACAAAAGGAGAUGGUGUGGUGUCCAUCUCGCUCUCCUCCCUUAAGAUGCCCACCUGCAACGGCAUCACUUCUUCCUCCUCAUCAUCUUCCCCACCUGAUGUUACAAUCCCAUCCAAGUCGUCCUCCCCUCGUGUGGCCAAGAAACUCAGCCUGACUUCCACAAGCUCAGUGGGCUCCAUCAGCUCCACGAGCACCACCAGCCCCGAUAUGGAGCUCUCUAUGGGGGAAAGGAACAAAGCUUGGGUCGAGCUGGAAACGACUAGCUCCCUGGGCUUCGGACGCAGCGAGAGGAGGUCGUCGUUCGGAAAAGCAGGAGUGACCCCACCGGGUGGCUUUCGAGAAAGACGGGGGAGUAUUAGCUCAUUGAGCGGGAAGGAGGAACUGAGUGACUACCAUCAUCAUCAAAAAGAAGAGCGACUCCGUGAGCAGGAGGUGGAGAGACUGGAACGACAGCGUCUUGAGACCAUCUUGUCCCUGUGCUCAGAGCUGGACCAGGAUGGCGGCGGCUCGGUUACAAAUCCAGCAUCUGCCGUGGCAGACCUCCAAAAGAUCAACCAGGAGCUUCAGAAGCUUCAGCUGAAUGACACCGACGACGACGACGAUGACGACACGCCCUCGGUUUUCUCCGACACCUCGUUCCUGAACGGCUCCGCGGGGGACAGACUCGUUACGGAGAACGGCUACUACGAUGCGGAUCUCCUGGUACGACAGAGGCGCAGCGGUGGUACUCGAGACGGCAGGGCGGAAUCACCUGCUGUCAGUCUGCGCAGCUUCGCCCCGUCACCCUCGCCUCGUACACAGAGGGCACACGACGAUGCGGUCCACCGCUUCGGACAGGAAGCCAGGCCCUCUGAGGAGGAAACGAGGAGAGUGGAGGAGGAGAGGAUUCAGGUCCUAAACAACAUGGAGGAGCUUGAGCAGAAAAUUAAAGAGUUGGACAACCAAAUGGAGGAAUCUGCUCGUGAGGUGGAGGUAGAACGAGCUCUUGUUGAGGCGGAGCAAGAGUCUGAGUUAGCUGCCCUUCAGCAGGAAAAAGAGACCCUGGAUACUCUUCACAACAAGAUAGCUGACAUGGAGAGCAAAUCUCAGCAUGAAAAAGACAAGGCGUGCCAGUUGCUGGCGGCAGAAAAGGGCAGAGUAGAGAGAUUGGCUCAGAUUGUGUAUGAGCAGCGCUCCCAGCUGGACAGCUGCCCCGAGGCCACCAAGGAGCCCCUGCAGGAGCAGCUAGCCAGGGACUGCGAGGCACUCGAGACAGAAACGAAGCGCUUCGAGGACCUGGAGUUCCAGCAGCUGGAGAGAGAAAGCAGGCAGGACGAGGAGAAGGAGACCCAAACGCAACAACUUCUCCGAGAGAUGGCCGACUAUCAACGGAGCACUGUGACCCGCAAGGAGCGACUGUCGAUUCUAAAGACGCAGGGGGCGGAGAUUACUCAGCAGGCUGAGCGAGAGAAAGAAAGCUUCCUGAAGGAGAGGAGCAAUCUGGAAGCCAUGCUACAAAGGGAGAAAGAAAACCUUGCGCCUCUUGAUCGAAAAUACGCUGACCUUACCGGUGGCCAAAUGUACUCGUUAAGGGAGCAUUUCCGGCUGCUGGAGGAGAGGAAGCGACCUGACAAAGAUGGCGGCUCGCAUCUCAGUGACACGUUACCCAGGAAGAAAAGCUCCACCAUGAUGCCCCAGUUCUCAAAUGCAACACUUGGACGCAGUUUCUCUACUAAGGCCCAUCCACCAUUGGUACAGAGCACAAGCUGUGGCAGCAUUCUUCCCCGGAUUUUCUCCCUAUGCAGCAAGGAAACAGAAAGCAGACGCCUGCAAAAAGGUCAGCCCAGCUCUCGAGCGUCGUCCCAGACGAACGUCUACCUCAAUGCCUUUGACUACCGUGACAACCGAGCCUUUGACACGAUGAGUGUGGAUAGCACCGACUCCAUUGAAACCAGCGUCUCGGCGUGCUCUCCUGACAACAUUUCCAGUGCAAGUACUUCAAAUGUAGCCAGGUUAGAAGAGAUGGAGCGUCUAUUGCGAGAGGCCCAGGCGGAAAAGAACCGACUCCUUGAGUACAAGGAGCGCGAGAUGGAAAUUCGCAACCAAGCACUGGACGAGGAGAAGAAGAGGCGGGAGGAACUGGAGAAGAUGCUCCAGGAGGAGACCAGCAGGCGGCAGAAACUCAUCGACCGUGAGGUGAAACUACGAGAGAAGCAGCGAGUGCAGUCCCGGCCCCUCACACGGUACCUGCCAGUGCGAAAGGAUGACUUUGACCUGCGGGCUCACAUCGAGUCGGCGGGUCACAGUGCCGAAACCUGCUUCCACCUGUCCCUCUCGGAAAAGACGUGCAGAGGCUAUCUGAUCAAGAUGGGCGGAAAAAUCAAGACCUGGAAAAAGCGCUGGUUCGUCUUCGACCGCAAUCGACGGACGCUCUCCUACUAUGCAGACAAGCAUGAAGCCAAGCUGAAAGGCGUCAUCUACUUUCAAGCCAUAGAAGAAGUCUAUUAUGACCACCUGAAGAAUGCACAUAAGAGCCCCAACCCCUCCCUCACCUUCAGCGUCAAGACUCACGACAGGGUCUACUACAUGGUGGCCCCUUCUCCUGAAGCCAUGAGGAUCUGGAUGGAUGUCAUCGUUACAGGCGCUGAAGGAUACACACAAUUUAUGUUGUAGAGGAAUAUCCCAAAACUUCUCCAUGUUACGUUAUUAUUUUAGUAGUAGAACAUCUAUCUAGAUCUUUUACCUGGACAAUUUUCUGACAGCACCUCUGAUUGACCUGUUACACACGCUUAACAUGCCUGUUACUAGAUGAUGGAAAUGAGAUCAAAUCAAAGGCUUUGGUCUUUACCGCCACAAGUGUAGUCAAUCUGACGCUACCUCUUUUUGUUACGGCAAACUAUUUUUCAUGUGACGGUUCAAUACGGAUGAAUCAGUGCAGUCAAGCAUACUAAUUUAAAAAGCUUUAUAUCACAGACUCAGACGAUAGGUCAAUUAUAGUCGUAGUCAGAAGUUUAUUCUUUUUGUGAAAACAUAUAUUACCGUAAUUUCUGGACUAUACGCUGCCACUUUUUACAUCAACUUUGAACCCCGCAGCUUAUAGUUAGUGGGGCAUAUCUAUGGAUUUUUCAUGAUAUGGUAAGAGGAUUUGUUUUGGUAAUAGAGAGAAUAUUUCAUUUAAAUCACCUGCGGCUUCUAUAUGAACAAAACUGAAUGUUCCCCUAAUUUUAGCUGGCGCGGCUUAUAGUCCGAAAAUUACAGCACAUGGAAACAUUUUCUUAAGCCAAGCUAUUUUAUUUUCUACUAUUUUUCUCAGGUUUUAAUAAUGUGCAUGCAAGUGUCAUGUAUUUAAUCGAUACGCGAAGGACUUCUUUUGUGUCUGAGCUAUAAUAACUGAACUUCUUAUGCAGCAGCUCCAAUGUGCCUUUCUAGUACCAUCAACAUAAACCACAGAUGCACACUGUUGCAUAGGAUGAGAACAUGGGCUCAGACAUAAGACCACUUUCUCGAAGCCAGAAGUUGUUUUUAAAAGUAUAGUUAUAGUCACUAAUCAACAUUAGGAUUCUCUCCGUGCUUAAUGGAUGGAUGAAUAGAUAUUUUUAAUGCAUAUACAAUAGUCUAUAUUUUAAUAACUUUUUUUUUUAUAUAUAUAUAUAUGCCAAAUCGCCUGUGCUGACAAAACAUAACUGUGGAAAUAGUGGCUGCUUUUGAACGACCACUCGAAAGGGUCAAAGAGCGAGAGAGAAAAAACAAAGAUGGUACAGUACGUGUAACAUGUAUAUUACUUUGUAUUAAUAAGCACGUGGACAUAUGAGCUUACGUGCUUCUGAUGAUUGGGCUUUUACAGAAAUGGUUUGCUCUUAUUGCUACUAAUUUAAUGGCUUUUUGUUAUUUGUAAAGUAUACCAGCAAUAGAAAUUCGUUUCCAACGGUUGAUCAUGCUUGUAAUCCACAGUAGUUUCGGUGCAUUAAUGUCAACCUUUUUCAUUGAAUUCUUGACCAAAGUUCAUGUUGUAAGAUCCAUGUAAGGGUCAUUAAUUCUUUGCGGUGCCGUUGUUGAUUAUGUUUGGUUGUCCGUUCCAAGCACCUCUCUCAAUGUUCCUGUCACUUUGUGUAGUUACUAUAUUGUCACUCUUUUAAAAAAAAUGGCCCAUGUUGUAUUUGAUCAAAAAUAGAUGCUUUAUUUACAUUAAACAUCUCAGGAUGAUGGCCACUGCUGCUAAAAUCUACAUCUUAGUUAAACAGACCAUUCAAUUCUACCUCUGAGAGGAAUUUUCUUAAUAAAUACAAUAUAAUCCGUAUUUGUUGCAGGAAAAAAAUGACUUGGGCCAUUAUUUUAGGAAGGUGACUAUAUUCAUGCCGUUAUUGUUGAAUAGCUAGUUAGUUUUUAUAUUCCAUGUAAAGUAAUAAACGUAUCUAGUUUUUUUUCCCCAUCAGUUCUAUCUUUGGGGAACCCAUUGUUGACUUUUUAGUCAUCAUAGCAUAACUGCCUGUGCAGUACAAAUAUUCUUAAAUUCCGUUCUGCAUAAAAGUAACGCAAUUGCACCACCGCGUGGUCAAUAACGGUAGUUCAUGCGCGCACCAUGGGACGCGCCCAGCGCGACUGACUCGAAGCGGGUGAGUGAUGUAAUGAUGGUGCGUCACAAUAAAUUGACACUUUGUCCCCGAAA